UCAGGCUAAUGGGCAUGGCCACCGUCUACAUCAGGGAGGAGGACUUUUGUCAUGGGAACAAGGCGAGUGUCAAGGUCCAGAAACCCAUGUUCCACCUGGACAAGCCAGUUCUGCUGGAGAAGAAGCUCUGCUAUGAGACCAGAUCACGGCCCGAGGACUUAGAAGUUGCAGAGCUGAUCUACGCCGAGGUCGCCUUCUACCUCUCCAUCCCCAAGAAAAAGGUCUUGAAGUGCGUCAAGGCUACCACAAAUGUCAUCGCGUGGGCCUUGACCGAAGGCAAGGACUUUGACUUUGUCUUCAAGAACUUUGGCAUCCUGGUGUGCCGGGGAAGGAGAGUGGUCAUGCGGUUCUUCGAAGACCUGCUGCGAGACGUGGACAAGACCGGCAUCCUGGCAAACACUGCCCUGCGAAAGUCAAGCCUGAGGCCCUUGGUCAUAGCCCGCAAUGAGACAGCUGUUUUCCAGAUGCCUCCUGGGGGGAUCUUUGUGUUCCCACAGUGAGUAUGUUUGCUUCUGUCGCCCC